AUGGAGACUUUGCAAGAUAUAGCAUCCUCUGCUUUAAAAGAUAAUCCAUACUUCAGUGCAGGUGCAGGACUUUUUGGAGUUGGAGUUGGUAUGGCUGCUCUCAGGAGAAUAGGUCAAGUUAUGAAUCUUCUUGUUCGUCGCAAUCUUACUCUUACCUUAGAAGUAGCCAGUUAUGACAAAGCUUAUCCAUGGGUAUUACACUGGAUCACAAUGAAAUCUAGUGGACCACUAGCAAAUAAUGCAAAAGGGAGAAUGAGUGGUGCAAGUCAACAUCUCAGUGUAGAAACUAAUGUUAUACGCACAGAAGGCGGUCGAAUCAAAGCUGCAUUUGAUUUUGUACCUAGCGUUGGUGUCCAUUACAUGACUCAUCAGAUGAGAUUGAUACGUGUUGAACGCGUUCGAGCACAACAGUCCUUACAAGGUGCAUCAGUAGCUCCGUUUGAAAGUGUAACUCUUACUACUUUUGGUCGGAAUACCAGAUUUUUUAUUGAUCUACUCGAAGAGGCUAGAGAAGAAGCUUUGGCUCGAGAAAAAGGUUGGACUGUUGUCUACAAGGCUGUUGGUUCAGAAUGGCGACAGUUUGGCUAUCCACGUCCAAGAAGACCUUUGAAUUCUGUUAUACUGCGUGAUGGCAUAGCUGAAGCUAUUGUUGCAGAUGUGAAAGAAUUUGUUGAAAAUCAGGCUUGGUAUACUGAUCGUGGUAUACCAUACCAUCGUGGUUACUUAUUAUAUGGACCUCCAGGAUGCGGGAAAACUAGUUUUAUAACUGCGUUAGCAGGUCAUUUGGAUUACAGUAUUAGUAUACUGAAUCUAAGCGAAUUUGGCAUGACAGCUGAUCGCCUGGAUCACUUACUGGCACAUGCACCACUUCAGACUAUCAUCUUACUGGAAGACAUAGAUGCUGCUGUACACAGUCGUACUAAGUCGAAUGAUAAUUUACUUCAAAGCAAAGCUUAUGAAGGCAUGCCAACAUUAACUUUGAGUGGAUUAUUAAACGCACUGGAUGGUGUAACUUCAACCGAUGGUCGUAUUAUAUUUAUGACGACAAAUUACAUCGAAAAACUUGAUCCAGCUUUGAUACGACCUGGUCGCGUCGAUAUGCGUGUACGCGUGGACAUGUGUGAUCGAUCUCAAUUAUUGAAAAUGUUUAGUCGUUUUUAUCCAAAUUGGACGUCAUCUGAUAUUCAUGAGUUAGCUGAACAAUUUGCUAAUUUACUAGAAGGUAUAUCGCUGAGUUCAGCACAAGUUCAAGGUUAUCUAUUACUGCAUAAAGAUGAACCUUUGAAGGCUAUUAACAAUAUACAACAACUAAUUUCUCCGAAUGAUUCAUGAAUUUCUUCAAUUGACUGUGGAUAAAUAGUCCAGGAUUUUGACGGAGCAGAUUAGCUAUUUUUUCUUCUUCUUAGAACUUAGGCACAUUUAUAUUAAUAAUCAUGUGUAUAUAAUCUUGACUAUGUAUCUUUGAUUAAAUAGACAAUUUAAAACCA